AUGGGGCUGUCCCGGGGGCUGCGGUGCUGCCAGCGCGUCUUCGGCUGGGUGCCCGUCCUCAUCAUCGCGCUGGUGGUGCUCUGGUCCUACUACGCCUACGUCGUCGAGCUCUGCCUGGUGACUCUGACGAACUCUGUAGAAAAAGUGGCCUACCUCACCGUAUUCCAUAUCAUCUUUGUAUUCUUCAUAUGGACAUAUUGGAAGUCUAUAUUUACUCCUCCACUACAACCAGACAAAAAGUUCCACAUGUCGUAUGCUGACAAGGAACGCUAUGAAAACGAAGAAAGGCCCGAGGGUCAGAGGCAGAUCCUAGCAGAGAUGGCCCGGAAGUUGCCAGUUUACACAAGAACAGGGAAUGGCGCCAUCCGAUUCUGCGACAGAUGUCAGCUGAUCAAACCUGACCGUUGUCACCAUUGCUCAGUUUGUGCUGUGUGCGUGUUAAAAAUGGACCAUCAUUGCCCCUGGGUGAACAACUGCAUCGGCUUUUCUAACUACAAGUUCUUCCUACUGUUUUUAGCCUACUCUCUGUUGUACUGCACGUUUAUUGCAACAACAGUCUUCAAGUAUUUCAUCAAAUACUGGACAGCCGAGCCAACCAGUGGUCAUUCCAGGUUCCACGUCCUCUUUCUUCUUUUUGUGGCAGUCAUGUUUUUGGUCAGCCUGUUGUUCCUCUUCGGUUACCACUGCUGGCUCGUCAGUCAAAACAGAUCGACUCUAGAGGCUUUCUCGGCUCCCGUGUUCUCCAGCGGCCCGGAUAAAAACGGCUUCAACCUCGGCUUUGUCAGAAACCUCCAGCAAGUAUUUGGGGAAGAGAAGAGACUCUGGUUUUUCCCGGUGAUGUCCAGCCAGGGAGACGGGCACUCCUUCCCCAUCCGAACCCAGAGCGAAGCCCGGAAUCCCCUGCUGGCAAACGAGGAGCAGUGGGAGGAUGAGGGGAUGGAAGAUGGCAGCCAGCAAGAUUACCAGCAAGGGACUUCUCUUUCCAUCGAAAUGGAGACGUAG